CUUAAACUUGAUAUCAACAGUUUGAAAAUUACGUUUUGUAAUUUGAAAAGUAAAUACUUAAAAAUAAAGUUAUUUUUAGGUGACGAAAUCACCAGGUUUAGACUGUAAGAAGCUAAUGGCAAGAAAGGGUUUCAAGCGAAUUUUUGUCGUGCUGACACUUGUUUUAUUGAGGUUUCCCGAGGUUGUAGGUAAAAGAGUGAUGACCAUUAAUCAGACAUAUCGACAUGCAAAGGCAAAGCAAGACGCUGAUCGACGGGCUACUGAAUUAAAACGACGCCAAAUUCUUGCUCAUUCUACUGCUAAGUUUGAGUCUCAGCAUCAUCUUUUUAAAGACACGAAGAGAAAUGAUAGAUGGAAUCAGAGAUACAACAAUCAAGUUGAUACAUGCUUUUAUCAGAAUCGUCAAAAUUGUGAAAAGUAUUUGUACUUUCAUGAAAGAAAACUAUCUUGCAGAAGUCUACAAUUCAAGAAAGAUCACUCUCAUGACUACUUGGACUACGAACGAGACUUUCAUAGAUUUCGUAAAAGGAAGCAUCGAGAAUAUUAAUGAGAACUUUUGAUAAUAUACACUACAAUUUUCA